CUGGCGCGGCCGACCUCCGUAAACAUACGCUAGGGCUCCCCUGGCUGUGCACAGGCGGCGCCGAGCGGUUGCCAACGGACGCAGUGGUUCGGGACUCGUCCGAGCGGACUCGCCGCUGCCGUCCACCAUGCCGGAGCCGGUGCGGAUCUGCGUGCUGGGGGCGGGCGUGAUCGGCCUGCACGCGGCCCGCCGGCUGCAGGCUGACCUGCCCGCCGCCCAGGUCACCAUCGUCGCGGCGGGGCAGGGAGAGAGCACCACCAGCAUCGGCGCCGCCGGCAUCUUCCGGCCAGGAGUCUUCCGAGCGCCCACGCCGCGCUUGACAGAUGAGAUCAUGGACGAGUCAUGGCGCUACUACAAGGCGCUGCUGGCUUCGGAGCAGGCGGCGGCGGCUGGGCUUUGCGAGGUCUCCGGCUACCUGCUGACCCGCCGGGGGCCAGAGGCCAUCCACAACCCCCACCUGGAGCGGCUGUGCCCCGACUACCGGGCCGCCAACGGCAGGGAGCUGGCCAUCUGUCCGGGCGGCUGGAAAAACGGCUUCUUCUGUACCACCCUCGUCACCGACGAUACCUAUCAUCUCGGCUGGCUCACACAGUGUUUUAAGGAAGCGGGCGGAACUAUUGUUGAGCGGGAAGUGGAGAACCUGCGCGACAUCAAAGGAUUUGACAUCAUCGUCAACUGCACCGGGAUCGGCGCCAGGAAGCUGACUGGUGACAGCAGGCUGGUGCCCUUACGAGGACAAGUCUUCAAGGUCAAAGCGCCCUGGAUAAAGAUGUUCUUCAUGACCGACGACGACACCUACGUAGUGCCCGGGGUGGACCGUGUGACGCUGGGUGGCACCCGCCAGUUCGGUGUCUACAGCACGGCCGUGGAUGAGCACGACUCGGCCAGCAUCUGGGACAGAUGCACCCGGCUGAUACCCAGCCUGAAACGGGCCGAGGUCAUCCAAGAGUGGGUGGGGCUGCGGCCGCACCGGGACCCGGUCCGGAUGGAGAAGGAGCGGCUCGACACAGGCGUCAUGGUCGUGCACUGCUACGGCCACGGCGGCUACGGGGUCAUGACCGCGCCGGGCUCGGCCGGCCAGGUCAGCCGCAUGGUCACCGAGAUCCUGCGAGGGGACUUCAGCAAUCCCCUGGUCAGCAGCCUCUAGACUCGAGGAGACGUCGGCCAGCGGGGGGCUGACAAACUGUAUACACCUGUAAACUUCGAUAACCGGACGUCCAGCGACGUCGUCGGCGCUCGGGUCGUCAGGAAGCUCCAGACGUCUUUGCUCUGGAGGCGGAGGCGGCGCUGCUUUCUGGGUUCGUGGGGUGAAUAGUGCAAUUAUAACUCAGGGCUAUUUCAGUGGAUGAUCAGCAAUCUUGAAACGCAAUGAGACUUACUUCGUUUCUACGAAUUAAUAAUCACUUGGAAUGGCCGCCAGUCACUAGACACAGCGGGGUGCGGGUGUCGGGGGAGCUGGCGCUAAGUGCGGUGCAAAGGGUCGGCCGUUGGUUCAAUGUUUGUUUUUUACAGCCGCGAGCAUAUGACAGCGCAGGGCCUGUGUUUUAAUGGCUGAAAAUGUAGCUAUGCCACGUUCUGCGAUUAAUCAAUGAGUUCUCUGCCACCGCACGCGUCAACCAAGUCGAAAAUUGAGUGCCUGGUUGACUUUGUCGUACUCCACAACCAUCUCGGCAUGGACCAGAGACGUGUCAUUAUGUCUGGAGGAGGAAGUCUCGAACCGUGUCAGCGAGCAUGGCAUGUGACAUGCGAAACACCAGCCUAUUUCAUGGGCGAUACCCGCGAAAAAUCCGUGAACAGUCUCUUCAGGAGACUGAUAUGAAAGCGCUGAUUUUUCCAUGAAUAUAUAGCACCACGAGUAAUACACACCAGCAAGCCUGUCACCAA